AUGGAGAACAAAUCACAAUCCCCCGUCAUCACCAAGAAGCACUCGCUUGCCGACAUUCGCUUCCCAUCUCCAGGCUCGGUAUCCACUCAUGGCUGCGAUCAUGUCAAGAGUCAGCUCGAGGCUUCACAGCCGGACCUCAUCAAGCGGUAUACAACCUUGAUGCAGACAGUACACAAGACGGGCGCAAUCGGUCCUCAUCUAUCAAAGUCAUCCGCCAUCUCCCUACGACCAACCUACCUCUGUCUCGAAUGUUCCAACGUCUUUGGAGCAGAACAACGUAGUCAGCACGACAAGAAACACAUACUCUGUGUGGAAUCAAGCAAGGGCAAUAUAUGGUGUCGAGAAUGCGACGACUUUGUCUAUGACAACGCUCUCGAGGAGAUACGGACACAACAAGGCAAGAAACGCAAACAUGCCGUGUUCAUGUCCGACGUUGACAGCAAGAUCCUCGCCGCAAAUGCUGCAGCUACUCCAUGCCGUGCCAAAGGUCUAAGAGGUCUCUACAACAUGGGUCAGACAUGCUUCAUGUCGGUCGUUCUCCAAUCCUUGAUCCACAACCCUUUCAUCCGCGCCUUCUACCUUUCCGUCGGCCAUCGCUCUCUCGACUGCGAACGGGAAGCAUGCACUUCAUGCGCACUGGACGACAUUAUCACAGAGUUCCACAGUACGGAAAAGGCGGAAGGCUAUGGUGCAGUCGCCAUGCUCCAGGGUAGCUGGAAAGGAGGUGGUAACCUUGCUGGAUACCAACAACAAGAUGCACACGAAUACCUACAGUUCAUCCUCAACUCGCUCCAUACCACAAACCUCGAGGAGGACGAGAAGGAAGAAAAGGCCGAAGACUGCAACUGCGUCAUCCAUCGUGCCUUCUGCGGUCUGAUGCGUAGCACUGUCGUAUGCUCAAAAUGCAAAAACGUCACGGCUGCCGUGGACCCCUUCAUGGACCUGUCUCUCGAUCUCAAAAGCUCCGGACCAAAGAAGAAAAAGAACGAGGCACCUGCACCCGCUCAAGCUGUUGACCUGACCGAAUGUCUCGACCGCUUUACUAGCCCGGAAGUGCUACAAGCAUCAGAUUACCGCUGCAGAGAGUGUGACAGCCAACAAAGCGCAACCAAGCGGCUUGCCUUGUCGAGACUGCCACCUGUUUUGCCGAUACACCUGAAACGCUUCUCUCACUCAAAGACCUCAUCAACAUCAAUCAAACUGGAUGCCAAAGUACACUUCCCAACCAUCCUGGACCUUCAACCCUAUGUCAGUCGCCCACGCUCGAAAAAGGGCGGUGGCGAUUCCAACGGAACCAAAAAUGGAGACACUGACAAGGGCACAUCACCAAGACCCCUGUACGAGCUCAGUAGUGUCAUUGUACACAAGGGCAAGAUGGAUAGUGGCCACUAUGUCAGCUAUGCAAGAGAAGGUGAUGAGUGGUUCUUGUUCGAUGACAGUAAAGUCGUGCUCGUCGAGGAGAAGGAAGUCCUGGCUGCCGAGGCGUACAUGCUCUUCUACAUUGUCCAGGAGAUCGAAGUCUAG